UGUAUUGUUCGAAUCAUUUGAAUUUUUGACAUUUGACAAAAUUGAAUUUCUAUUUCUGUGGAUGGAAAAAUGGAUUUUGAAUUAGAAUAUCGUUAUGCUUUGGACUGUGAAUUGAAUAAUUCAGAAAAAAAUUGCAAUAAUAUUCGUAAUCAAUUUUUACAACUUGUUGCUUUCAGACAAUCAUUGCCGAAUGCUUCUUAUCAUGAACGUUUGAAAGAUUUACUUCAUGAAUAUUCGCUGGAAAUCGAUAAGAAAAACGGUGUGAAUACAUUUAUUGAUUCAGCAUUUGAAAUUGUUCAAAAUGAAUCGCAACAUGAUGAAUUUUUUGUCGAUAAAUGGCAAAGCCGUAUGAAAAAGAAACUUGACAAUGGUGUCCAAAUACGUUCUCGAAUUUUUCAUAAAAUGAAAGAAAUUUCCGAUAAAUUCCGUCAAUAUAAUGAACAAAGAAUGAUACCGUUGUUAGAAGAUGAUGAAAAUGGUCAAUCCAUUGUAAUACCAGAGCAAGAUGAUGAUGAUGAUGAUGAUUCAAAUUUGGAAAAUGUCAAUUCUAUAAACAUUCAAUCUUCUCAAGAUUUCAUUCAACAACUACAACCGAUUAUGGUAAAGAAUUCACCAACACGAGUACCGGGAUUAUUUCGAAGAAAAUCCUCAAAAACCAAUGGUUUUGCUCGAUCAUUAUUCACUCGAAAUUCAACAGAUUCACAAGAAUCGAAUAAAAGUGAUCAAUAUAGUGAAUAUAGUUGUAGCCAAGAAUCGAAUAAAUCUGAUCAUAUAAUGCCUAUAAUCGAAGAAUCGAUUGAUAAUAAUGAAUGUGUUUAUAAUAACAAUCAAUCACAACAACCAAAUGAAGAAUCAACAAAAAAAUCUGCAUUCAUUACCGGAUUGGAAAAACAUUUGGUUGACAAAGUUGUCAAUAAUGAUUUGGCGAAAGACGAAGCAGAGGAAAUUAUCAAAAAUGUACGCAAGGAAAAAUUGAACACAUUUAAAGAUCCAAUGAUGAAGAAAAAAUCACCUAAUAAUGUAACGAAUGCAACAUUAUUGAUCAAUGAUGAACGAUUGAAAGGAAUUGAACGAGGUAUGAUUGAAUUGAUUCAAAGUUCAAUUAUUGCCAAUCUUGAUGUUACUGAUUGGUCAACUAUAGCUGGUUUAGAGUCGGUAAAAACAGCCAUUCGAAAAUGUAUCAUUUUUCCAUUGAUGCGACCAGAUUUAUUCAUUAGAUUACGUGACCCACCAAAAGGUAUACUAUUGUUUGGACCACCCGGCACUGGUAAAACACUGAUUGGCCGAUGUAUAGCAUCGCAGAUAAAGGCAACAUUUUUCUCCAUUACAUCAGCUUUAUUGACAUCUAAAUGGGUUGGUGAUGGUGAAAAAUCUAUGAAAACUUUGUUUCAAGUUGCACGUUGUCUUCAGCCAUCAGUUAUUUUUAUUGAUGAAAUUGAUUCAUUAUUAAAAUCACGAUCAGAUACGGAACAAGAAUCGUCAAGACGAAUGAAAACGGAAUUUCUAUCACAAUUCGAUGGUUUAUCGAAACAAACAAACGAAGGUCUCGUUGUUAUUGGUACAACAAAUCGACCACAUGAAUUGGAUGAUGCUGCACGACGACGUUUUGCCGUACGAUUAUAUAUACCAUUGCCAGAUAUAUGUGCUCGUAAACAAAUGAUUAUCAAUAGUUUGAAAAAUGAAAAACAUUCACUUACCGAUGAACAGAUUGAUAAAAUUGCCGAGCGUACUGAAUCGUUUUCUGGAUCAGAUAUGAAAAAUUUAUGUCGUGAUGCAGCAAUGUAUUCCAUUUCAGAGAUAACUGAUCGUCUGACGGAAAUCAGCCAAGAAGAUAUAAGGGCAAUUUGUUUCGAUGAUUUUCAUCAAGCAUUACAAUGUGGAAAGCCAAGUUUUUCUCGUGAUGAUCUAGCCAAAUAUGAAAGCUGGAAUCAAGAAUUUGGAACCAAUUGAUUUGAAUAAUGGAGAA